AUGAGCAGUGAAAGUAGCUGUAACGAUUCAUUUGAUAAUGAGUCAGAAGCUGAGACUCCGAAAAAGAAGAAAAGAGGUAUUAGAAACAUCCAUUUGUACAAAAAAGAAAAGCAGAAGUCACAGCGUUUACUUGGCCAAUCUUACGUGAGUACAAGUACUGGGAAGUUAGUGUCAGCAAAAACUAACAGUAAUAGCAACUGUGUCUGUAAAAAAAAAUGCUACAAUGGACGUCCGAAAAAUGAGCAAGACAUUUAUAUGAUGAGUCUGAUUGAAUACGGAAGGGUUAAUCGCCGCCGUUCAAAAUACGAAAAUCCGAAAAAACGUGACAGUUCGUUUAAAUAUUUUGCUAUUAAAGAAAAUGAAAAAAUUCACGUAUGCCGUCAAGCCUUCUCUAUUUUAUACGCUAUAAAAAAUAAGGCACUUUUUCGCCUUACCUCCCUUAAAUCGGAGGGAAAACUAUCUGAAGAUCAACGAGGACAGCAUCGUAAUCGGGGUAAUGCCUUAACAAACGAAACAAUUGCGGCUAUUGAUGAACAUAUCCGGUCAUUUCCCCUAAAACAAUCCCAUUAUAGCAGCAAAAAUAUACAGUAUUUAGAGGCGAACCUAAACGUCAAAAUAAUGCAUGAACUUUUUUUGAAAAAAUACCCUCAAUAUAAAUGCGUAAAAUACGACUAUUACAGAAAAUAUUUUAAUGAACAUCAUGGCUACAGAUUCGGUCGCCCACAAGUGGACGUUUGCUCAACUUGCGAAGAACUCGACGCGAAAAUAAAAAGUCCAUCUCUCAAUGAGAAUGCGAAGAAAGUAGCGGUUGCAGAAAAAAUGAUACAUCUUAAACGUAUGUAG